GGAGGUCUCUCGCUCAUGGUAAGCUCCUUGUCCCGCUGCCCCGCCGGCAGACAUGAGUGCGACCUGCUGCGUCAGGUGAGGCGUGCGAGAGACGGAGGAGGAGGAGGAAGAGGAGGAAGGGGGGUAAGGAGGAAAACGACGGCACGAUUCAGGCUCCAGGUGCCUCGUUUGGAUCUUCGUCAUCGUCUGAGCGUGCUCCGUGGCGGUGUGUGCCGACCCGCCCCUUGGCGCCGUCAGCCAAUUGCCUUCCUCUGCUAUGUCUUGUCCAUCAGUGCCCUGCGGCCGCUGGCCAAACGGAUAGUUGAGAUUAUAUUUUCCUGUUUUAUCCUGCAGGUGUCAUUGUACCACUCGUUUCCGACUCGCCUCCUCUCUCGGGCCUGGGGUCGUCUGAACGGCGUGGAGCUUCCCACCUGGCUCCGUAAACCAUUGUACUCGCUCUACAUCUGGACGUUUGGGGUCGACAUGAAGGAGGCAGCGGUGGAGGACUUACAUCACUACAGGAAUCUGGGGGAAUUUUUCCGUCGACGUCUCAAACCUGCUGUGAGACCGCUCUGCACCUCCUCCUGCCUGAUCUCUCCAGCAGACGGGCGGGUCCUGCACUUUGGUCAGGUGAAGAACUCGGAGGUGGAGCAGGUGAAGGGUGUCACCUACAGUCUGGAGAACUUCCUGGGUCCACAGGAGGGGCGGGGCCAUGAGUCCUCCCUGUCCUUCAGGGACCGCCUCCUGACGUCGCCUGAUCACGACCUGUUCCACGUUGUUGUUUACCUUGCUCCAGGUGAUUAUCACUGUUUCCAUUCGCCCACAGACUGGAGGGUGGAGCUUCGACGACACUUCCCAGGCUCGUUAAUGUCAGUCAACCCUGGUGUGGCUCGAUUGGUCAAAGAACUCUUCUGUCUUAACGAGCGUGUGGCCCUCACCGGCCAAUGGGAGCACGGCUUCUUCUCGUUAACAGCGGUCGGAGCCACGAACGUAGGAUCCAUCAGGGUUUACUUUGACGAGGAGCUGAAGACCAACGCUCCCCGCUACAGUAAAGGCUCGUUCCACGACCACAGUUACGUUGCUAAUGGCAACGUUGUGAACAGUGUGUUGACAGCUGUGUGUGACAGGGUGGUCUCUGUGGAUGACGGGGGCGUGGCCUUGCAGAGGGGGGAAGCUAUCGGAGAGUUUAACCUCGGAUCCACCAUCGUUCUGUUGUUCGAGGCUCCGAAAGACUUCAGCUUUAAUCUACAGCCGGGACAGCGAAUCCGAGUGGGGGAGGGGCUCGGCAGCCUCUGAUUGGCUGACUCAUGGGAGGUGCCUCAUGAAAAUUUAAGGCAUUGUGGGUAUUUUUAUUUGUAAAGAAAGACAUGAAGAGGACAUGUUUGUUUACCAUGACUCCCAAAAUGCCAUGUGCCUCAUGAUAGGAAGAUGCCAAACCAUCUCUCUCUCUUGCUCUCGCUCUCUCUCUCUCUCUCUCUCUCUCUCUCUCUCUCUCUCUCUCUCUCUCCUCUCUCUCUCUCUCUCUCUCUCUCUCUCUGCACCCCCCCUCCUCUCUCUGUUCUCAUACAGCCCCUCCACAGAUUGUCUAUAGUUCAGUUAGGUGGACGAGUGACGUAAGGAACUCUCAGACCUGCACUGAACUUUAUUUAACAAAAAGACAAAUUUAUAUUUUUCAUAACUUUAUGAUGUUAUACAUUAAAUAAAGUUUGUCCGUCCAUUCAUAGUUUGAGUGCUUGAAGGUUGAUGAUCACGUUUUU